AUGGCUGGCCGAAAGACUUUGUUGGCACCUAUUCACUUUAUUUUCAGUCUGCUACAGAAGCGCAGUACUGUAUCAGUAUGGCUCUAUGAGCAGCUUGCCUUCCGGAUUGAGGGCAAGAUCCGGGGAUUUGAUGAGUUUAUGAACCUGGUCAUCGAUGAUGCUGUGGAAGUGCGCCAGGCUACCAAGACAGAGGAGGAGAAGCGCAGGCCGCUAGGCCAAAUUCUCCUCAAGGGAGACAAUGUUUCUUUGAUCCAAGCUGUUUGA